UCAGAGAUUUUCAAAAUGGCGUCUACCAUUAAUUCCUUUUAUUUUCUUCUCCUCCUCCUCUUUUUUCUCGACGCUCUCGCUCUCGGUCACGACGAAGUGGCCCGGCAAGAAGCGGAUCGGGUGGUCGGGCUGCCGGGCCAGCCGGCGGUGAAAUUCAAGCAAUAUGCAGGGUAUGUUACGGUGAAUGAGAGUCAUGGAAGAGCACUGUUUUAUUGGUUCUUUGAGGCCAUUGGCGAUCCCCAACAAAAGCCUCUCCUUCUUUGGCUCAACGGAGGACCCGGAUGCUCAUCAGUCGGGUACGGGGCAGCCGAGGAAUUGGGACCAUUCUACCCCCAGAAAGGAGACCAACCAAAACUCAAGUUCAACCCAUACACUUGGAACAGAGCGGCGAACCUACUGUUCUUGGAAUCACCGGUUGGAGUUGGAUUCUCCUACUCCAACACUAGUAAAGAUAUCGAAAGACUCGGCGAUACAAUCACAGCCAAGGAUUCGUACAUCUUUCUAGUCAACUGGUUCCGGCGAUUUCCCCAAUUCAAAUCCCAUGAUUUUUACAUCGCCGGCGAGAGCUAUGCAGGCCACUACGUCCCGCAACUUUCAGAGGUCAUUUUCGAUAAGAACAAGAAAAUCGCGAAGAAACACCGCAUAAAUUUCAAAGGCUUCAUGAUCGGCAACGCCUUGCUCGACGACGAAACUGACCAGCGCGGGAUGAUCGAGUACGCCUGGGAUCACGCCGUAAUAUCCGAUAAGGUGUACGGAGACAUACUGAGAGAUUGCAAUUUCAGCAAUCCGAUUCCGUCCAACGCCUGCGACGAUUCUCUUGGCAAGUAUUACGCGGUGUACGAUCUAAUCGACAUGUACAGUCUGUACUCUCCGAUGUGCGUUGUGACGAAUUCUAGCAGCGGAGGCGGCGGCAGAAGGAGGCAGCGGCGGUUCGCAGUCGAAGGCGUCGAGCCUCAGGCGUUGGCCAAAUAUGAAGGAUGGCACAAGAGGCCGCUCGGAUACGAUCCUUGUUCAUCGGAUUAUACCGAGGAGUAUCUUAAUAGACCGGAUGUUCAGAAGGCUUUGCACGCCAAUGUCACUAAAAUUCCAUAUCCUUGGAAACAUUGCAGUGACAACAUUACAUUCUGGAAGGACGCACCAUCUUCAAUACUCCCCAUAAUUAGAAAGCUCGUGGAGGGUGGCCUUCGCAUAUGGGUUUUUAGUGGGGAUGCUGAUGGAAGAGUCCCAGUGACUUCAACUAGAUUGACUUUGAGAAAGCUUGGGUUAAAGAUUAAACAAGAUUGGACUCCUUGGUACAGUCACCAGCAGGUCGGAGGGUGGACAAUAGACUAUGAAGGGCUAAUGUUUGUGACAGUCAGAGGGGCUGGCCAUGAGGUUCCAGCACAUGCUCCAAAGCAAGCUCUUCAGUUGGUUAGGCAUUUCUUGGCCAAUCACAAGCUGCCAACUGCACCUUUUUAGCUUCAUUCUUCAAAAACCCUUUUUCUUUUUUAAAUCUAUAAAUCACAGUGUUUUGUUUUUAGUUUUUAAUGUUGAUCCACAAAAUUGCUGAGGGCAGAUGUUAGGCAAUUCUUUUUCUUUCUUUUUUGUUUUGUUAAUCUUCGAUAGCUGCUUCAUCUUGUAAACUGUAAUAUUGAAUAUAUUGUUGUCAAGAGUAAUAAAAUUAUAUUCUAUA